AUGUCGUUCAAAAAGUUCGAAGAAAAGGAAGAUAUAACGGGGACCACUCAGUUGAAAACCUCGAUGCAGAAAGCAAUUAGAAAUAAAAUUCUUGAGAACUUUCCACACAUAGAGCCUUUCUUGUCCGAUAUUCUGCCCAAAAAGGAAAAUUUCAAACUGAUCAAAUGCAAGGAUCACGUUGAGUUGCUCGCUGAUCAUACAGGAGUAGUGCGAUUCAUCAAAACAAGAAACACUGAUUUUUUCCCCACUUUGCGGACUCUUCAUAAGUAUCCAUUCAUUCUUCCACAUCAACAAGUGGAUAAAGGAGCCAUCAAGUUUGUAAUGAAUGGAUCUUCCAUCAUGUGUCCUGGACUAACUUCUCCCGGAGCCAAAUUGACUCCCGGCGUAGGAGUUGAUGGCUUAGUAGCAGUUAUGGCAGAAGGUAAACAACAUGCUUUAGCCAUAGGCCAAAUGAAGAUGACAUCUGAGGACAUACAAAAAGUCAACAAAGGAAUCGGCAUAGAAAACAUCCACUACCUGAAUGACGGUCUUUGGAGAUUAGCUGAAAAAGCUAUCUAA